AUGCCCUCGAGCACCACCACGCACACCCUGCCUGGCUAUGCCGCUGGCUCCAGCCAGCAGACCUGGGUCCUGGAGCAUCAGCACCCCAGAAGCUGUCUCCAGAAACGGGAAGUGUUUCUGGACCAACUUCAGGCCGCCGCGGCCGCGGAGGAGGCCCCCGAGAAGAUGCCCGCGCUGCGCCCCGCGCGGCUGUGCGCGCUGCUGGCGCUCUGGCUGUGCCGCGCGGGCCCCGCGCGUGCCCUGCAGUGUCGGGACGGCUAUGAACCUUGUGUGAACGAAGGCGUGUGUGUCACCUUCCACAAUGGCACGGGCUACUGCAAAUGCCCUGAGGGCUUCUUGGGAGAAUAUUGUCAACACCGAGACCCCUGUGAGAAGAACCGCUGUCAGAACGGCGGGACGUGCGUGGUCCAGGCCAUGUUAGGGAAAGCCUCGUGCCGCUGCGCCCCGGGGUUCACGGGCGAGGACUGCCAGCACUCCACCUCGCACCCCUGCUUCGUGUCUCGCCCCUGCCUGAACGGAGGCACCUGCCACAUGCUCAGCCGGGACGCGUACGCGUGCACCUGCCAAGUCGGCUUCACAGGGAAGCUGUGCCAGUGGUCGGACACCUGCCUGUCUCACCCCUGUGCCAACGGAAGUACCUGCUCCACGGUGGCCAACCAGUUCUCCUGCAAAUGCCAGGCCGGCUUCACGGGACAGAAGUGCGAGAACGACAUCAAUGAGUGUGAGGUCCCGGGCCUGUGCCAGCAUGGGGGCACCUGCCUCAACCUGCCGGGCUCGUACCAGUGCCAGUGCCCCCAGGGCUUCACCGGCCAGCACUGCGACAGCCCCUACGUGCCCUGCGCCCCCUCGCCCUGCGUCAAUGGGGGCACCUGCCGGCAAACCGGGGACUUCAGCUUUGAGUGCAACUGCCUCCCAGGUUUUGAAGGGAGCACCUGUGAGCGGAAUAUUGAUGAUUGCCCCAACCACAAGUGUCAGAAUGGAGGGGUCUGUGUGGACGGCGUCAACACUUACAACUGCCGCUGCCCGCCUCAGUGGACAGGCCAGUUCUGCACGGAGGAUGUGGACGAGUGCCUGCUGCAGCCCAACGCCUGCCAGAACGGCGGCACCUGCACCAACCGCAACGGAGACUACGGCUGCGUGUGCGUCAACGGCUGGAGCGGAGAUGACUGCAGCGAGAACAUCGACGACUGCGCCUUCGCCUCCUGCACCCCGGGCUCCACCUGCAUCGACCGCGUGGCCUCCUUCUCCUGCAUGUGCCCCGAAGGGAAGGCAGGUCUCUUAUGUCAUCUGGACGAUGCCUGCAUCAGCAAUCCUUGCCACAAGGGGGCGCUGUGCGACACCAACCCCCUGAACGGGCAGUAUAUCUGCACCUGCCCGCAGGGCUACAAAGGGGCCGACUGCACGGAGGACGUGGACGAGUGCGCCAUGGCCAACAGCAACCCUUGCGAGCAUGCAGGGAAGUGCGUGAACACCGACGGCGCCUUCCACUGCGAGUGUCUGAGGGGCUAUGCGGGGCCCCGGUGCGAGAUGGACAUCAACGAAUGCCACUCGGACCCCUGCCAGAAUGACGCUACCUGUCUGGACAAGAUCGGCGGCUUCACCUGUCUCUGCAUGCCAGGUUUCAAAGGUGUGCAUUGUGAGCUGGAGAUCAACGAAUGUCAGAGCAACCCUUGUGUGAACAACGGGCAGUGUGUGGAUAAAGUCAACCGUUUCCAGUGCCUGUGCCCGCCUGGUUUCACCGGCUCAGUUUGCCAGAUUGACAUCGACGACUGCUCCAGCACCCCCUGCCUGAACGGGGCCAAGUGCAUCGACCACCCCAACGGAUAUGAAUGCCAGUGUGCCACAGGGUUCACCGGUGUGCUGUGUGAGGAGAACAUCAACAACUGUGACCCCGACCCUUGCCACCACGGCCAGUGCCAGGACGGGAUCGACUCCUACACCUGCAUCUGCAACCCGGGGUACAUGGGCGCCAUCUGCAGCGACCAGAUCGACGAGUGCUACAGCAGCCCCUGCCUGAACGAGGGCCGCUGCAUCGACCUGGUCAACGGCUACCAGUGCAACUGCCUGCCCGGCACCUCCGGUGUUAACUGUGAAAUCAAUUUUGAUGACUGUGCCAGUAACCCUUGUGCCAACGGAGUCUGCAUGGAUGGCAUUAACCGUUACAGCUGCGCCUGCUCCCCAGGAUUCACAGGCCCCAGGUGCAACGUGGACAUCGAUGAAUGUGCCUCCAGCCCCUGCCGCAAGGGUGCCACCUGCGUCAAUGACAUCAACGGCUUCCGCUGCCUGUGCCCUGAGGGGCCCCUGCACCCCAGCUGCUACUCGCAGGUGAACGAGUGCCUGAGCAGCCCCUGCAUCCACGGCAACUGCACCGGGGGCCUUGGCGGAUACAAGUGCCUCUGUGAUCCCGGCUGGGUUGGCACCAACUGUGAAGUGGACAGAAAUGAAUGUCUCUCCAACCCGUGCCAGAACGGAGGCACUUGCGACAAUCUGGUGAAUGGGUACAGAUGCGCUUGCAAGAAGGGCUUCAAAGGCCUGAACUGCCAGGUUAACAUCGACGAAUGUGCUUCAAACCCGUGCCUGAACCAGGGAACCUGCCUGGACAACAUAAGCGGCUACACCUGCCGCUGCGUGCUGCCGUACACAGGCAAGAACUGCCAGAUCGUGCUGGCCCCCUGCUCCCCAAACCCUUGCGAGAAUGCAGCUGUUUGUAAAGAGGCACCGAAUUUUGAGAGUUAUACCUGCCUCUGUGCUCCCGGCUGGCAGGGCCCGCGGUGCACCAUCGACGUGGACGAGUGUGUCUCCAAGCCCUGCAUGAACCACGGCCUCUGCCAUAACACCCAGGGCAGCUACGUGUGCGAGUGCCCGCCCGGCUUCAGCGGUGCUGACUGCGAGGAAGACGUCGAUGACUGCCUGGCCAACCCCUGCCAGAAUGGAGGCUCCUGUGUGGACGGAGUGAACGCCUUCUCCUGCCUCUGCCUCCCCGGCUUCGUGGGGGACAAGUGCCAGACGGACAUGAACGAGUGUCUCAGUGGACCCUGUAAAAACGGGGGAACCUGCUCCGACUACGUCAACAGUUACACCUGCAAGUGCCAGGCGGGUUUCGACGGCGUCCACUGCGAGAACAACAUCGACGAGUGCACGGACAGCUCCUGCUUCAACGGGGGCACUUGCGUGGACGGGGUCAAUGCCUUUUCCUGCUUGUGUCCCGUGGGCUUCACCGGCCCCUUCUGCCUGCACAAGAUCAACGAGUGCAGCUCUCGCCCUUGCCUGAACGACGGGGUGUGUGUGGACGGGCUGGGCAGCUACCGCUGCACCUGCCCUGUGGGCUACACCGGGAAGAACUGCCAGACGCUGGUGAACCUUUGCAGCCGGUCUCCGUGCAAGAACAAGGGCACCUGCGUCCAGGAGAAAGCGGAGUCCCGGUGCCUGUGCCCCCCUGGGUGGGCUGGCGCUUACUGCGACGUGCCCAGUGUCUCCUGCGAGGUGGCUGCUUCCCAGAGAGGGGUGCCCGUCGACCGCCUGUGCCAGCACUCCGGCGUCUGCAUCAACGCCGGCCACUCGCACCACUGCCAGUGCCCGCUGGGCUACACGGGCAGCUACUGCGAGGAGCAGCUAAACGAGUGCGCGUCCAGCCCCUGCCAGCACGGGGCCACCUGCAGCGACUUCAUCGGCGGGUACAGAUGCGAGUGCGUCCCAGGGUACCAGGGUGUCAACUGUGAGUACGAGGUGGACGAGUGCCAGCACCGGCCCUGCCAGAACGGAGGCACCUGCGUGGACCUUGUGAACCACUUCAAGUGCUCCUGCCCGCCGGGCACGCGGGGUCUGCUUUGUGAAGAGAACAUUGAUGACUGUGCUGGGGGCCCCCACUGCCUUAACGGCGGUCAGUGUGUGGAUAGGAUCGGGGGCUUCAGCUGCCGCUGCCUGCCUGGCUUCGCAGGGGAGCGGUGUGAGGGCGACAUCAACGAGUGCCUCUCCAGCCCCUGCAGCUCCGAGGGCAGCCGGGACUGCAUCCAGCUCACCGACGACUACCAGUGCGUCUGCCGCAGCGCCUUCACCGGUCGCCACUGUGAAACCUUCAUCGACGUGUGCCCCCAGAAGCCCUGCCUGAACGGAGGGACGUGCGCUGUGGCGAGCAACAUGCCCGACGGCUUCAUCUGCCGCUGUCCCCCGGGAUUCUCGGGGGCGAGGUGCCAGAGCAGCUGUGGAAACCUGAAGUGCCGGAGAGGGGAGCAGUGCGUGCACUCGGCCUCAGGACCCCGCUGCGUGUGCCCCAACCCCAAGGACUGCGAGCCUGGCUGUGCCAGCAGCCCCUGCCAGCAUGGGGGCAGCUGCUUCCCUCAGCGCCAGCCUCCUUACUACUCCUGCCAGUGUCCCCCGCCGUUCUGGGGCAGCCGCUGCGAGCUGUACACAGCCCCCACCAGCACCCCGCCCGCCACCUGCCUGAGCCAGUACUGCGCGGACAGGGCCCGGGACGGCGUCUGUGACGACGCCUGCAACAGCCACGCCUGCCAGUGGGACGGUGGGGACUGUUCCCUCACCAUGGAGAACCCCUGGGCCAACUGCUCCUCUCCGCUGCCCUGCUGGGACUAUAUCAACAACCAGUGUGACGAGCUGUGCAACACGGCCGAGUGCCUGUUUGACAACUUCGAGUGCCAGGGGAACAGCAAGACGUGCAAGUACGACAAGUACUGUGCAGACCACUUCAGGGACAACCACUGCGACCAGGGGUGCAACAGCGAAGAGUGUGGCUGGGACGGGCUGGACUGUGCUGCCGACCGGCCCGAGAACCUGGCCGAGGGGACGUUGGUGAUUGUGGUGCUGAUGCCCCCGGAACAGCUGCUUCAGGACUCCCGCAGCUUCUUGCGGGCACUGGGCACCCUGCUCCACACCAGCCUGCGCAUUAAGCGGGACUCCCAGGGCGACCUCAUGGUCUACCCCUACUAUGGGGAGAAGUCGGCAGCCAUGAAGAGGCCGAGGAUGGCACGCAGGUCUCUUCCUGGAGGAGAUCAGGAGCAGGAGGUGGCCGGCUCUAAGGUGUUUCUGGAAAUUGACAACCGCCAGUGUGUGCAAGAUUCAGACCAGUGCUUCAAAACCACGGAUGCGGCAGCCGCUCUCCUGGCUUCUCACGCCAUCCAGGGCACCCUGUCCUACCCUCUCGUGUCUGUCAUCAGUGAGUCCCUGAAACCGAAGCCCACUCAGCUUCUCUACCUUCUUGCUGUCGCGGUCCUCAUCAUCCUGUUCAUUAUCCUGCUGGGGGUGAUCAUGGCCAAGCGGAAGCGGAAGCAUGGUUCCCUCUGGCUGCCGGAGGGCUUCACCCUGCGCCGGGACUCCAGCAACCACAAGCGCCGGGAGCCGGUGGGGCAGGACGCCGUGGGGCUAAAAAACCUCUCCGUGCAAGUCUCAGAGGCCAACCUCAUUUGUUCUGGAACCAGUGAACACUGGGUCGACGACGAGGGGCCUCAGCCAAAGAAAACCAAGGCUGAAGACGAGGCUCUGCUCUCCGAAGAAGACGACCCCAUCGACCGACGCCCGUGGACGCAGCAGCACCUGGAAGCUGCCGACAUCCGUAGGACCCCGUCGCUGGCGCUCACACCCCCGCAGGCCGAGCAGGAGGUGGACGUGCUGGACGUGAACGUCCGUGGCCCCGAUGGCUGCACCCCGCUCAUGCUGGCUUCUCUCCGAGGAGGCAGCUCAGACAUGAGUGAUGAGGAUGAGGAUGCAGAGGACUCUUCUGCCAACAUCAUCACUGACCUGGUCUACCAGGGCGCCAGCCUGCAGGCCCAGACGGACCGCACUGGCGAAAUGGCCCUGCACCUGGCAGCCCGCUACUCGAGGGCGGACGCUGCCAAGCGGCUCCUGGACGCGGGCGCAGAUGCCAACGCCCAGGACAACAUGGGCCGCUGCCCUCUCCAUGCUGCCGUGGCCGCUGACGCCCAGGGCGUCUUCCAGAUUCUGAUCCGCAACCGAGUAACGGAUCUGGAUGCCAGGAUGCAUGAUGGCACCACGCCCCUGAUCCUGGCUGCCCGCCUGGCCGUGGAGGGCAUGGUGGCAGAGCUGAUCAACUGCCAGGCUGACGUGAAUGCCGUGGACGACCACGGAAAGUCUGCUCUCCACUGGGCAGCUGCCGUCAAUAAUGUGGAGGCGACCCUCUUGCUGUUGAAAAAUGGGGCCAACCGAGACAUGCAGGACAACAAGGAAGAGACGCCCCUGUUUCUUGCUGCCCGGGAGGGGAGCUACGAAGCCGCCAAGAUCCUCCUGGACCACUUCGCCAACCGGGACAUCACGGACCACAUGGACCGCCUGCCCCGCGACGUGGCCCGGGACCGCAUGCACCACGACAUAGUGCGGCUGCUGGACGAGUACAACGUCACGCCCAGCCCCCCGGGCGCCGUGCUGCCCUCCGCCCUCUCGCCUGUCCUCUGCGGGCCCAACAGGCCUUUCCUCAGCCUGAAACACACCCCGAUGGGCAAGAAGCCCAGGCGCCCCAACGCCAAGAGCGCCAUGCCCACCAGCCUGCCGAACCUGGCCAAGGAGGCCAAGGAUGCCAAGGGUGGCCGGAGGAAGAAGUCCCUGAGCGACAAGGGCCAGCUGUCCGAGAGCUCGGUGACCCUGUCCCCCGUCGACUCCUUAGAGUCUCCGCACACGUACGUGUCUGACGCCACAUCCUCGCCGAUGAUCACGUCCCCCGGAAUCCUGCAGGCCUCCCCCAACCCCUUGCUGGCCACUGCGGCGCCCCCGGCCCCGGUCCAUGCGCAGCACGCCCUGUCCUUCUCCAACCUGCACGAGAUGCAGCCUCUGGCACACGGGGCCGGCCCUGUGCUCCCCUCCGUGAGCCAGCUGCUGUCCCAGCACCACAUGGUGCCCCCCGGCAGCGGCGGCGUGGGGGGCUUGGGUAGGCUGCACCCGGUCACCGUCCCGGCGGACUGGAUGAACCGCGUGGAGAUGAGCGACGCCCAGUACAGCGAGAUGUUUGGGAUGGUCCUGGCUCCUGCCGAGGGCGCCCACCCUGGCGUCGCCCCCCAGAGCCGGCCCCCUGAAGGGAAGCACAUGACCGCACCCCGAGAGCCCCUGCCCCCCAUUGUGACUUUCCAGCUGAUCCCCAAAGGGGGUGUGGCCCAGCCGGCUGGGGCUCCCCAGCCCCAGCCCAACUGCCCUCCAGCUGUCGCGGGCCCUCUGCCCUCCAUGUACCAGGUUCCAGAAAUGGCCCGCCUGCCCAGCAUGGCCUUCCCCGCUGCCGUGAUGCCCCAGCAGGACGGGCAGGUGGCUCAGACCAUCCUCCCCGCCUACCACCCUUUCCCGGCCUCCGUGGGCAAAUACCCCACGCCCCCGUCGCAGCACAGCUACACGUCCUCCAACGCCGCCGAGCGGACGCCCAGCCUCAGCGGCCACCUGCAGGGCGAGCACCCCUACCUGACGCCGUCCCCGGAGUCUCCUGACCAGUGGUCAAGCUCAUCGCCCCACUCUGCUUCUGACUGGUCAGACGUGACCACCAGCCCGACCCCCGGGGGUGCCGCGGGAGGGCAGCGCGGGCCCGGGACCCACAUGUCCGAGCCGCCGCGCGGCAACAUGCAGGUGUACGCAUGAGGGCUCCGCCUCGGCGCAGGCGCAGAACUGCCCGUUGUAAAUGCUGCUGAGGAACAAAUGAAGGUCAUCCGGGAGAGAAAUGAAGAAACCCCUGGAGCCAGGAAAGGGGCGAUGCUCUUGCCUGCUAGAUACUGCCAGGACAGCUGUCGGCUCGGCUGCGUGUCCGCAGGGCGCGGGAGGAAGGGCCUCGGCUCAUCUCUUCCCCGUCAGGCCACGUUCCUGGAAACGCAAGAUGAAUCUAAGACUUGGGGCGUGUUUACUCUCUUCUGUGUGGAGAAUCCGAUGCCAGCUGUCUUUACGCAGACGUUCUCGCAGCUCGGACUGCGGUUAAGGCCUGGGGGCUUCUGCCAUGUGCCAGGGGUCCUGCCGGGCAUGGUGCCCUGGAUUCCGCCUCGUCUUCUCAUUCUUUGACAUUCUUUUGACUUUAUUUGGUGCUUUAACCUUUGCACCUGGUCAUCACCCCACCGGCACGGUGCGGGGCUCCCUGCUGCUUUCAGUCAUUCCAGCUGCGCAAGCACCUUGAGCCGCCUCCCCGGGGUCUCCCGGGGCUCGCUCUGGUCUUGGUUCCCGGCACAGAUCUUUGAGUGUGUUUCUUCCGAAGGUGUCGUGGUGUUCUAGAGAGUGUCAUUCCCAGAAAUGAGGGGAGCAAAGUGCGUUUCUCUUGAGUGUCUUGAGGGGGAGGGAGACCUCGCUGAGGGGCUGCACCUUCAUCUUCUGCCCUCAUGCAGCGCUGCAUUCCUGUAAGCCUUCCCAGAGGAGGCAGAGUCAGUUGUUUUUCCACGUGUGACCCCACUUGUGACGUUUUCUCCUUGGCAGUGUAGUUACCGUGACCCCUUUCACAAAAACCCAGACGGGCAGAGGUUUGGAGUGUUGGACGACAGAGAAGCUAACCCGUGCAGAAGGCGGCUCCCACGGCCAGGUCCUCUCUCUGCCUGCCAGGCCCGGGGGCCGCCAGCGUGAAGCACCCCUGUUCCCUAAAGCAAGCUUGUUCUCCUUCCCCUGCCCGUCGUGCAGGUGAGCUGCCCCUGGCCAUUGAGCCUGGCCGUCCAGAAACCUCCACGGGAGAAAACAUCUCCAGCGACAGGCCUCGCCGUUCAGAACGGAGCUUUUCCUUGGUUCCAGGGCUCCAGGUCUGUCGUGUUCCUUUCGUCAGGCGAUCCCAGGCUCGGCUUGGGGUUCUCUCUCUGAGAUAAAAGCCUGUUCCCGAGCCUCCAUGUGCACACCAUAAUCUGACUUGCUGGUGCACCCAAGGGGUCCUCACCAAACCUCUGGGUCCUCCAUGCCCAAGUGCAGGAAAUAGAAAGCUGUUCUGGGUCUCUGGGGCCCCCGGCACCCCGUCAGAGGAUGGAACGGAAGGAAUUAGGAGGCAGGCUUUGCUAUUUUUCCAGUCCGGUUUCUUUUCUUUCGAAGCAGCCAUGACAUUCCCUUAGGGAAGCUAACACAGAAACUCAGCAGGAACAUUUUUCCCCCUAGAGUUACCUGCUUGAUCCUAAUGGACAGUUAUCAUCCAUGUUCUCAUCAGUGCUAUUCUUUAAUAAUUUUUUGACUUUAUUUGGUGCUUUAACCUUUGCACCUGCUCAUCACCCCACCAGCACGGCACAGGGCUCCCCGCUGCUUUCGGUCAUUCCAGCUGCGGAAGCACGGUGAGCCGCCUCUCCUCGGGGUCUCCCGGGGCUCGCUGUGGGGACCCCGCUCGCGGUCACGUUGUGGUUGCCUCACCAGAGUCUUGUGUUUCUCAUCUUGGCAACUGCCUUGGAGAUAUUCUAGUCAACACUAGAAAUAGAGUGAAAAUAGUUCUCUUCCCAGUCUGCUAAUGAUCAGCCGCUGUGCCCGAGGUCACUGCUCCCUGGAAAACCUGCCCCGCUGGGCCGCCUCAGGGCUCGGGCCGCCUGAGUCACCCUCCCUGGGUUUGAGUGGCCGUCAUCUUUCCUGCCGUGGCUGUGAGCCCUCACCUGCCUGACAGGGUCUGUGGCCCCCGCUGGGGAGCCCUGGUGCCACCCAGCCCAGCAGUCUGGCUGCCUCAGAGCCGCCCAGCGCAUCAGCCCACAAAGGCGGUUGAUUCUGUCCUGAAACAGAGACUGUGGGCUCUGGAUUUUCUUCUGUCAUGUGGCAACUCAGCCCCUCCCAUAGUGGGUGACUUUUCCUUGUGUCCUCCGACCCAUGUGCUAAUCCGCCGACAGGACCCUGUCCGCCUGGACCACCAUGACCCCCCACGUCUGCCCUUCUCUGUGAUGCUGUCCCAGCCCUUCUUCUGAACAGAUCAACCUCUGGCCCGUGCCAUCUCACCUAGUGGCUUAGGUCUUUUCUAGCUUCCUCACUCCCCAAGAGCAGUGCAGCCCCAUUGGCUUGUUUCUCCUUGAAAGGCUUUGGGUGUGGGGGACGGGAGUGGGGAAGCUGUGAAUACUCGCACCAGUGAUGAGGAGGAAGACACUGCCUGUCCAGCAACUCUCGUGGAUUUUAAGAACCCUUGAGUUGUAGAGUAUCUAAUAGAGAGUAAACUAGAGAAUCACUUCCUCUUAGUCCAAAUUGGAGGCUACGUUUUUUGGGCCACUCUCCUAGACCGUGCGUAGGGGGCCUCCUCACCCUAUUUUUGAUUUAUUUUUAUAAAUCCUUUGACUCUUCUGUCUGCCUUUGGGAACAGAUGUUUUUGUUUGCUCAGAAUUGUAUUACGCCUCAUCUUCUGACUUACACGAUGAUGAGGGAAGUGAGUGUUUGGGGGGAAAGAGACAGAUGCCGUGUGAGCAGGCAGCGCAGUCCAUCACGCCGCCUGGCAGACUUGUGAUCCUAAUUCUUGCGUGAAGGAACCACAGGUGUAAUGAUUCCGGGGCAGGUGUCUUUGGGACUUGGGCCUUUACCAAUACAUCAAGUGUCUGAGGACUUUUUCGAGAUGUUCUGUGCCCUGAGGCUCCCACUCGUUACUAUUUGGUCCGAUGACCUCCUCUUGUGUACAUUUCUCUUAUAAGUGAUACUAUAUCUGUAUGAGAAACCCAGUAACCAAUAAAUGACUGCGUAUUCCUACUAGCCAUAGUAAGGCAUAUGCACACUUUGUUUUUAUUUUUCAAAGUUUCAUUCUAAAGGUAGUUAAGAUGACAUUUAUAUGAAAGCAUUUUUAUCACAAAAUAAAAAAAUAAGGUGACAUGUCAAGCUCUGUGGCGUUUCUGUUUUUAUUUUCCACUCCUGCUUCCCUGGUCUUGCAGUCACUUAACCUCAUGACGUCGCAAUUUGAUGAGAAGUCAUUUUCUUUUCAGUCUGCAUCUCCCCAAUUACCACUGGGCUGCUUUUUGAUCUUUAUGCUCACAUCAGAAAUAAAUGGUUUUGAGGGAAAAGCGGCUGUCAAAUGGGGAGCAACAUGAAACGGAGUCCCUUUUCUUUACACUAGCUGGGGGUCAGUGGAUGGAAGCCCCGCAUGGAGAGCUCCCGUGGCUGGACAGUGUUUGCUAAAGUAGGCGUUCAGAUUGGGGGUAUAAUUAAUAAUGGUCCUGUUACCCAAAGUAUGUAUGUGCAGUGUCACUACUCAACAUGGACAUGUAAGGUUGUAAGAUGGUAUGUUUCGUAAAACAUUCGUAGAAGUACAAACCUGUCCCCCUAAGACAAAGCAUUGUCAUCAAUUAAUGUUACUCAGUAGACAUAAUUGUUUUUUUUAAAGAUUGAUUUAUUUAUGCAUACAUGAGCUGCGGUGCAGGCCAGAGGUGGGGGCGGUGAGAGGAUUCCCCAGAGACAGAGUGGGGAGCAGAACAGGCAGAUCCACAAGUACAC